AUGGGCAAACUCAUUCGCUUGGAGCUUUUCAACUUCAAGUCCUACAAGGGACAUCAUGUGCUACUAUUCGGAGAUGCGUAUUUCACAUCAAUCAUCGGACCGAAUGGUUCGGGCAAGUCAAAUUCUAUGGAUGCCAUCUCUUUCGUUCUAGGAAUCAAAUCGUCGCACUUGCGGUCAACCAAUCUCCGCGAUCUCGUGUACCGUGGUCGUGUCUUGCGCCAUUCCAAAGUCGAUGGAGAGCCCGCAGCCGAUGGCCAGGAAGGCCAGGAUGACGAGCAAGAGGAGGAGCCGGAGAACAUGGACGCUUCCCAAAAUGCCCCGAACGACCCGAAAUCCGCUUGGGUCAUGGCAGUCUACGAAGACGAUGCAGGUGAAGAACAGCAAUGGCGCCGGUCAAUCACCAGUCAGGGUGUCAGUGAAUACCGCAUCAACGACAAGAUCGUGACCGCCCACCAAUACAACGAGGCGCUGGAGGACGAGAACAUUCUGAUCAAGGCUCGAAACUUCCUCGUGUUCCAGGGUGAUGUCGAGGCGAUCGCAUCCCAGUCGCCGAAGGACCUUACUCGACUGAUCGAGCAGAUCUCCGGCAGUCUCGAGCACAAGGCCGACUACGAAAGGCUCAAGGCUGAGGCGGAGGAAGCCGCAGAGCAGCAAACUAUCCAACUCAACCGCCGACGGGGUAUCAACUCUGAAGUCAAGCAGUAUCAAGAACAGAAGCGAGAGGCGGAGAACUACGCUAAAAAGGCCGAAGAACGCGACCAGGCCAUUAUUACCCACAUUCUGUGGAAACUGUUCCACUUCCAGCGCCUGAUUGAUGACUCCAGUGCGGACAUCCAGAAAUACCAAGAUGAGCUCAAGGAAUACCGCCGUGGCGUUGAAAAAUACGAAAAAAAUGUCGAAGACGCCAAGAAAGACCAUGCUCAAGUCGGCAGAGACGUCGGUAAGGCUGAGAAGAACAUCACGAAAAAGGAGAGGGAGAUUGAAGAGCUCAACAACUCCCUUGUGCCUGUGAAUGAGAAGAUCGACAUCACGCAGAAAAAGGUUGAGAGGUACUCUUCCAAGAUUGCUGAGAUCGAGAAGGAGCGCAUAUCACAGUCGAACAACGGCAAGCAAUUAGAGAAGGACCUCAAGCUUGUCGAGAAAGCCCAGGCCCAGUGGGAAGCAGAGUGGCAGAAGACCAUGAGCAAAAAGGGUGGCCAGUUGAGCGAAGCAGACCAACAGGAGUACUACAAGCUCAAAGAAGAAGUCAAUCGUCGUUCAUCGGCCGAUUCCUUGAAUCUUGAUAACUUGCGUCGGCAGCGGAAGACCGAAGCUGAAGCAGUCAACAGCUUGAAGGGCAAGUUCCAGAAUACCGAAUCGCAGGUGAAGACUGUUGAGUCUGAAGUGCAGAACAUGACUGAACGUAAGGUGUCUCUUAAUGAGACUAUCAAAUCCACAUCCAAGGACAUGGAGCGGAAGAAGAAGGAACUCAAUGCCUUGACUUCCGAGCGUCUCAAGGUCUCGCAGAUGCGGACAGAAUUGGAGGAGAAGCUUCAAGUUGUGUUGAAAAAACUUCUCGAAGCCGACGAUGGCAAGAAGCAGACCGAACGCGAACUUCGUGCCAAGGAACUGAUCUCGACCUUGAAGCGCAUCUUUCCUGGUGUCAAGGGCCGAGUCAGUGAUCUCUGUCGUCCAAAGCAGAAGAAAUACUCCGACGCAGUCAGCACCGUGCUAGGUCGACACUUCGAUGCCAUCGUUGUUGACAACGAGAAAACUGCCAAGGAGUGCAUUCAGCACUUGCGUGACCAGCGAGCAGGCCAGGCUACGUUCAUUCCGCUCGAGACCAUCCAGGUCAAGGCCUUUAAUUCGAACCUGAAGGGCAUGCAUCGCGGCAUGCGCCCUGCCAUUGAGACCGUUGACUAUGAUGACUCUGUCGCCCGAGCAAUCAGCUAUGCCUGCGGCAACUCCAUUGUCUGUGAUGAUCUUGCGACGGCCAAGUAUCUCUGCUACGAGAAAAACGUUGACGCCAAGGCGGUCACCCUCGAUGGAACCGUCAUACACAAGGGCGGUCUCAUGACUGGUGGACGUGGUCCUCAGCAGAAUUCCAAGCGCUGGGAAGAUUCCGAAGUGGAGAACCUGUAUAAACUGAAGGAGAAACUCAUGAACGAUCUUACCACGCUCCCCAAGAGUCACCGUCGAGGUUCUGAAGAAGAGACCCUGCAGGGUGAGCUCGUCGGUCUCGAGCAACGCCUCAAUUAUUCCCGUGACGAACUGAAGGCCCUCGAGAGGAAUCUUGAGAGUAAGCGCAACGAGCUGGACUUCGUCAAACGCCAGCUGGAGGACCUCCGACCCAAAUACACCGAGCGAAAGGAGACCCUCGAUGAGCUCGAUUCUACGAUUGAGACGUCCCAAGCUUCGGUCAGCACUGUCGAGGAUGAGAUCUAUCGCAGCUUCUGCAAGCGCUUGGGAUACGACGACAUCCGCGAAUACGAGGCCCAACAAGGCUCUUUGCAGGAAGAGGCCGCACAGAAGAAGCUCGAGUUUACAACCCAAAAGAGCAGAAUCGAGAACCAGCUCAGCUUCGAGAAACAACGCAUUCAAGCUACCGAGGACCGUGUCAACGGCCUCAAGGCUCAGUUCGAGCGUGACCAAACUCUGAUCAAGGAGUUGCAAAGCCAGCAAGAAAAGAUUCGCAACCAGCUCGAUGAAUUCGAAGCGGAACUAGAACUCCUUCGCGAGGCCCUCGAUAAACAGAAGGCAGUCUACGCCCAGUCAGCUGAGAAUUUGGCGGAGCAACGUCGUGAACUCCAGAAGCGCAGCAAGCACGUCGAAGCGGCGUUGAAUAAUGUCAACGCGCUUGAGGCGGAGAUACAGAGAAACUCUUCAAGUCGUUAUGCUCUUCUGCGUCGCUGCAAGCUCGAAGACAUCGAUAUUCCUUUGACCGAAUCUUCUAAUCCCCUCGACAAGCUCCCCAUUGAUGAUCUCGUGCAAGCCGUCGACCCUGACGCCAUGGAUGUGGACGGAGGAGAUGAACUCGACGAGUCUCCAAUCCUGCACGAUUACGGUAUCGAUGUUGACUUCGAUUCUCUAGGCGAGACCCUGAAAGAGGAGGCCGACGACAAACUCGAAGACGAACUCCUAGAAAAGGUCCGCGUCCUCAACAACGAACUCGACAAAAUGGCACCAAACGCCCGCGCCAUGGAACGCCUCGAAAGCGUCGAAAACAAACUCCGCAGCACAGAAAAGGACUUCGAAGACGCCCGCAAAGCAGCCCGAAAAGCCAAAGAAGAGUUCGAAACCGUCAUGAAGACCCGCUCCGAUCUCUUCAACAAAGCAUUCACCCACAUCUCCGAGCAAAUCGGUCCAAUCUACCGCGAACUCACCCGUUCCGCCAACUACCCUCUCGGAGGCCAAGCCUACCUCGACAUCGAAGACUCAGACGAGCCCUACCUAGACGGCAUAAAAUACCACGCCAUGCCCCCCCUCAAACGCUUCCGAGACAUGGAACACCUAUCCGGCGGCGAGAAGACAAUGGCUGCUCUGGCACUGUUAUUCGCAAUCCACUCGUACCAGCCGUCUCCAUUCUUCGUUCUGGACGAAGUCGACGCUGCGCUCGAUAAUACGAAUGUCGCCCGUAUCGCGAAUUACAUUCAUGACCAUGCUGCGCCGGGAAUGCAGUUUAUCGUGAUUAGUUUGAAGACGGGGCUGUUCCAGAAUAGUGAGGCUUUGGUUGGUAUUUAUCGGGAUCAGGUUGAGAAUAGUAGCAAGUCUUUGACUCUUGAUCUUCGGAAAUAUACCUAG